AUGGAAGGACCAACUCAGAGGUUGAAGGUGCUCCUCUUCUUGGCUUUUUUCUUUGGAGCAGCAGGGUUUCUCUUCACGCUGCUCUCCUGGGGUACAGAGUACUGGCUGCUGGCUGCGGAGUCCUGCAGCCAGACAGAAAACCAACAUGGAGGUCUGAGACUGGAGAAAAACACCAAGCAGACUGUAGAUGGUGCGAGGAUCUUCCACGAGGGUUUGUUCAGGCGCUGCGUCUUCAGAACCGUUAGCUCAGAUUUUGCUAUAAUGGACUUCUGGAUCACAAAUCAGCCACAUUCGAAGGUCUGCCAUGCUGCUUACCUCUUCCCGUUUCCUGUUAGUGAACCAGAGUGGGCGGAGCCUUAUGAACAGCCCUCUGCCAUUGUUUUUAGAACGUUCUGGAGCAUCUUCCAGGUCACAGGUGUGACUGCUCUAACGAUUGGUGGAUUUAUUGUUCUGUGUGCUGCUCCACUGACCAAUCAGAAACUGUACCGAGUGGGCGGAGCUUUUCAAGUUUGUGGCGGUGUGUGUCUGCUGGCCGUCGUGGUGAUGUAUUUGAUGUGGGUCCAGGUCCUGAACACUCUGGAGCAGUUUGCCCUACAUCACCGAGCCUCCACCUGCCCUUCCUACCACCUCAGUGUCCAGCACGGCCCGUCCUUCCUCCUGGCUCCAGUAGGGGUUAUCUUCUCCCUGCUGGCGGGACUCCUCUUCGUUCUUAUAGGCCGAAGCGUUCAGGAGGUGGCAGUGGACCGAGAAGAGAAAAUCCCUGAAUCUUCGACAACUGAACUGUGAUUACAGAUGAUCCGGUCAACGGUAGUAGAAGAACUCUAAAAGUCCAGCAUUGUUUAAUAAAAAAAAAAAAAAAAAGUUUCAGCAUCUACAGGUAAAUUUUUUCAGGGGUGAUUCACAGAUUUUGUCGUUUUCUUAAACGUACAAAACUCACUUUUUUUAGAACCCCCUACAAAAGCAUACAGAAAAACGUUGACCCACAAAAUCCUCCUUUUUUACAGGUGAAGAUGAGACACAGACACGUGCUGACAUGCGUAUUGUAGCAACUCACAAGUGCUAACAAUCACAACCAACUCAAGUGAACAGGAUCAGUUUAGAGAACACGUGUCAACCUCAAGGCCCGCAGGCCAGAUGUGGCCCGCCACGUCAUUUUAUGUGGCCCACGAGAGCUUAAAACGUCUGAUUAUCAUAUAAUAAAUAAGUCAAAAGGGUGCACUGACAACAAACUACAUUUCCCAUAAUGCAUUCCCAUUAUGUUACUUGCCAAGUAACAGCAUCCC